GUCUUGAUCACGUUAUUGUGUUCUUCUUCUUCGUUGACUCAGUGCUUAGUUACAGUCUCUCUAUUUCUUCCUCUCUCUGGUUUUCUCUGAUUUGAUCGUUGUUAUGGAUACUAGCUAUGUUGUCAAGUUUAUUUAUUCUGGUGAAGCAGCGACAGUUCCAUUGUUGCAUAAUUGGUCGUUUGUUGACCUAUGCAAUUCCAUACGCUCUCGUUUUCCGGAUUUUAUUCAAGGCAAUUUCAUGUUGAGGUACAUUAUUCCUCCGGAUUCUACUUCAUGUUUUCUAGAGAGUGAAGUUGAUAUGAGAAUGAUUUUUAGGAAUUUGGUUCGUUACAAUUCUGAUUUUGUUGAAGUGUUUGUGACUGAUUUGCCUUCUAUUAGUGAAAGUGUGGUGAGUAAUACAGUGUGUGAGGAUUCUAGUACCAUGCUUGAGGAGAAUGAUUAUUUGGGGUGUUAUAGGGCAGAGGCACCGAAGAGUUAUAUGACGAAAGGUUGGGAGAGUUAUAUUCAUUCUGAAGGCCAAAAGUUUGAGGGUGGGGUUGUUGAGUUUAGGGAUAAGCUGCGUAAGUAUGCUAUAGAAAUUGACUUUUCAUAUGAGUUUGUUAGAAAUGACAAGGUUCGUGUUAUUGCUCAGUGUUCUAAGAAACAUUCUCAAGGCUGCAAUUGGCUGGUGAAGGCUUAUUUAUGUAGGGCUAAUGGUUUCUUUAUGAUUAAAAGGUUGGUUAAUGUUCACACUUGUCAUGGUGUGAUUCGUUUGCAGAAGAGUAAGAUGAUGGGAUCCAAGGUUGUCAAGUCUAUUGUGCUUGAUAAGAUUCGUGCCAAUCCAAACAAAAAGCCAAUUGAUAUAGCUGAUGAGAUCAAGAGUGAUUAUGGUUUGGAUGUUGCUUAUCGUACAGUUUGGUAUGGUACGGAGUUGGCAAAAACAGCCCUACAUGGUGAUGAAGCUGAGUCUUAUGCUCAGCUACUUUGGUUCAGUGAGUCUGUUAUGAAGUCAAACCCCGACUCUAGGAUAGUGGUUGAGUUUCAUCGAGAAACACACAGGUUUCAGCGUAUGUUUGUGAGCUAUGGUGCAUGGAUGAAGGGUUUUCAAUCUUGUAGACCUAUUCUUUUCAUUGAUGCUACAUUCAUUACCAACAAGUACAAGGGGCAGAUUAUUGCUGCAUCGGCAAAGGAUGCCAAUCAAGGUUGAAUCUCCUUCAUUACUUGUAGUUUUUUAUUUUUCUU